AUGAGCAACGUGAGACUGGCUUGGCUGGACCUGGAUCAGGUGUUCACUGAGGAACCUCUGAGGACCUGGCAUCAUGACCGUCUCGACGCAGUGCGGGUGGAGUUGCUACGUAGGUACGGUGGAACCUAUCUGGACCUGGACCUGAUCACCCUCCGCCCGCUGCCCUCCUCCAACAACUGGCUGGCCAGGGAACAAAGUAGUCAGGUCAACAAUGCCAUUAUGAGCUUCGCUCCAGCACACCAGUUACUGCAGGCGAUUGUUACAGCCAUACCCGCUGCCUAUGAUCCUCACAUGUGCUGCAGCAUCGGUCCUGUGCUGUUAACUUCACAACUUCACCGACUGUGUCCUAACAACAUCACCAUCCCAGCCUCCGUUAGUUCCGACCAGCUGGAGAUCUGUGGCGACAUCACUGUCUGGCCCAAUAAGUUAUUUUAUCCCAUCCCUUACGGAUACAAGCAGUUUCAGUUGGUGAGCAUCUUCACUGAAGGUGCAGGUCUGGGUCAAACUUUCUUCACUAGUACCGUGGCCAUUUGCCUUCACCUUUGCCACUCUUUCACGCACAAACUGACUGUUAGCGUUGCUGGAGACUCCAUAAUGAAGGAAGCUGCCGUCAGGAAUUGCCCUCAAGUGGUGGAAGUUCUUAAAAGACAUAAGAUGCAUCUGUAGUAGCCUAGUAUCAAGUGGGUGUUAGUUCACUAGUCAACUCAGCGUCAACUAGGUGAGUACAGAUAGGAAGUACGUCUGUCUCGCGCUCAGCAGACGGAGGAUCAAGCCUCCAUCCACUAUGUCUUGAGCACUUAACAUGAAUUAUUAAUUUAUUGAUCAGGCUGAAAAAAAGAGAAAACUGAAGUGGGUGACAUAUUCAGCGAUGCCGGGCCAUAGGCAGGACACUGAAGUGUACAUGUAUUGUAUACAGUACCGACAAGAUGUAGAAUAAGACACAUACAUGUGCAACAUCUGGGUAUCUUUAUUUGUAGAAGUAUCGCCAUCCAGUGGCUUUAUCAAUAAAGAUUCAAGAGCAUAACUGGAAGACUGUAGAACUAUGUACAAAAGACGAGGUAAUCUGUCCCUCAGUCUUGGAGUUGGUGAAGAGCACCGUAGUCUUUUAUAUAUAGUUCUACAGUCAUCCAAUUAUGUCCUUGAAUUUAUUUUGAUAAAGCCACUAGAUAGCGAAACGUCUACAAAGAUACCCAGUUACUGCUAGAUGAACAUGGUCAGCAGGUAUCUUACAGGAACACGUCCUUAUGUUUCCACCCGUAACAGGGAUCUAACAACGGACCUCAGUGUAUGAACCGAGUGCGCUACCAACCGAGCUAAGUGUCAAAGUAAGCAGCAAUUAUUAGAUUUCGGAUCCCCGACCCAGUUAUUUUUCUGGUUUUUGAAAUUAUCCCAAGCUUCCAUGGGGUACUUAUGUGUGUGUGUGGCAGGUGCUUCGUGUGUCUUGAGAAAUGUGGUGUGUCUCUACUCUGUCAGACCAUGAAGAUGUGACAGAAGCAUCGUUGUCAUCAACACUCAUUCAUACUAUCAAGGACCCCAGUGGAAAUAAGUCACGGACCCCAGUGGAAAUAAGUCAAGGACCCCAGUGGAAAUAACUCAAGGACCCCAGUGGAAAUAAGUCAAGGACCCCAGUGGAAAUAAGUCAAGGACCCCAGUAGAAAUAAGUCAAGGACCCCAGUGGAAAUAAGUCAAGGACCCCAGUGGAAAUAAGUCAAGGACCCCAGUGAAAAUAAGUCAAGGACCCCAGUGGAAAUAAGUCAAGGACCCCAGUGGAAAUAAGUCAAGGACCCCAGUGGAAAUAAGUCAAGGACCCCAGUGGCAAUAAGUCAAGGACCCCAGUGGAAAUAAGUGAAGGACCCCAGUGGAAAUAAGUCAAGGACCCCAGUGGAAAUAAGUCAAGACCCCAGUGAAAAUAAGUCAAGGACCCCAGUGGAAAUAAGUCAAGGACCCCAGUGGAAAUAAGUCAAGGACCCCAGUGGAAAUAAGUCAAGGACCCCAGUGGAAAUAAGUCAAGGACCCCAGUGGAAAUAAGUCAAGGACCCCAGUGAAAAUAAGUCAAGGACCCCAGUGGAAAUAAGUCAAGGACCCCAGUGGAAAUAAGUCAAGGACCCCAGUGGAAAUAAGUCAAGGACCCCAGUGGAAAUAAGUCAAGGACCCCAGUGGAAAUAAGUCAAGGACCCCAGUGGAAAUAAGUCAAGGACCCCAGUGGAAAUAAGUCAAGGACCCCAGUGGAAAUAAGUCAAGACCCCAGUGAAAAUAAGUCAA